UGUGCCACUUUCCAGGUCUCCUCACACUGCUGGUGGGAUCCAUUUUGUCAUAGGGUGCUGGCAGAUUACGGGCCUCCCAUUGCUGCUGCCAGGCCCGUAAUCUGCCAUGGGCCCCCGUACCGCCUCCUCAUGCUGCUGCCAGGUCCAGAGUGUCUCAUGGGUCCCUGUACGGCCUCCCAUUGCUGCUGUCUCCAUCGCCACACUCUGCCAUGUGCCACUUUCAGGUCUCCUCACACUGCUGGUGGGUUCCAUUUUGUCAUAGGGUGCUGUAUGGCCUCCCAUUGCUGCUGCCUCCACCGCCACACUGUGGCUCCACACUCUGGUUUUGGCCCCGUGACUGCCCAAAUGAGUGAAGUGUGCGAUGAUUCUAAGAUCAACGGCACUCAUCUGCAUGUCAUACUG